UAGAUAGUGAAUACUGGUGCUGUGAUGAUGAUUAUUUGUGGCUUGUCCAUAGGGGCAUACACCGAUCAGCCAUAACAUUGUGACCACCUGCCUCAUAUUGUGUUAGUCCCCAUUUAGCUGCCAAAACAGCCCUGACCCGUUGAGGCAUGGACUCCACUAGAUCCAUGAAGGUGUGCUGUGGUAUCUGGCACGAAGAUGUUAGCAGCAGAUCCUUUAAAUUCUGUAAGUCCACUUAUGCUUGAUAUGAUUGAGAUCUGGGGAAUUUGGAGGCCAUAUCAACACCUCAAACUGGUUGUUGUGCUCAUCAAACCAUUCAUGAACCAUUUUUGCUUUGUGUCACGGAGCAUCAUCCUGCUGAAAGAGGCCACAGCCAUCAGGGAAUACUGUUUCCAUGAAAUGGUGUACAUGGUCUGUAACAAUGCUUAGGUAGGUGGUGCGUGUCAAUGUAAUAUCCACAUGGAUGGCAGGACCCAAGGUUUCCCAGCAGAACAUUGCUCAAAGAAUGACACUGCCUCCAUCGGCUAGCCUUCUUCCCAUAGUGCAUCCUGGUGCCAUGUGUUCCCCAGGUAAGUGAUGCACACGCACCCAGCCAUCCACGUGAUGUAAAAGAAAACACCCCACAAGAGCUGCAGUUUUCGAGAUGCUCCGAUCCAGUGGUCUAGCCAUCACAAUUUGGUCCUUCGUCAAACUCAAAGCUCAAAUCCUUACGCUUUCCCAUUUUUCCUGCUUCUAACACAUCAACGUUGAGGACAAAAUGUUCACUUACUGCCCAAUAUAUCCCACCCACUAACAGGUGCCAUGAUGAGGAGAUAAUCAGCAUUACUUACUUCACCUGUCAGUGGUCAUAAUGUUAUGGCUGAUCGGUGUAUGUUGCAGAACCCAACCAUAUAUAGAUAGUAGCCAUUAAACAGAAUUUAAAGUUCUAUUAAAUAUAUGUUGCUAUUUGACAGCUAUAAGCCAAUGUUCUAUUGAUUUGUUUGCCUUUAUGCCAUGUUUAGCUACAUAGUGAUAUUAUUGCAUCUACGGUGCCAAUAGAAGCCCACUGGGGCAGGAAUCAUGUUGCCCUCUGAUAGUGCUAUGAACAUUUUUAGUAGAGAAGAAGCAGCAAAUGGAACCAGAAUUCUGCCAUGUCUUUUGUAAGAAAUUUGUUUAAAGCUUGGGUGAGGAAAAGCCCAUGUCUAUACAUCAGUAAUGUGUGCGCACCACAGUAACCUUGUUUCCCUGUGCAAAGGCUGAAAGAGAAGAAAAAAAAUGUCUCUGUUUUUUAGUGCCUUGGUUUUUCAGUUUCAAGCCUUUUGGGAUAUAGUUGGUCUGGAGAUUUUGUUGAAACUUGGCAACCUUACGUGCUGUAUCGAAUACAACUGAACAAAGUUAGGUCUUUAUCAAGCUGCCAGACUAUUUGCUGGAUGACUCUGUGUUGUUGAAUCUCAGCUGCCUAUUAUGGGAUAACUCUAAAAAUUCACUAGAUUGUAGCCUACAGCCAAAGUCAAGUGUGAUAGCCUCUCGGUUUAAUUUUAUUCAAGUCUAUGUGCGCACACACACACACACACAUACACACACCUUGAUGUCAGCUACUUUUCCUUACAGUUACUAUUUCCUGCUACUGUUGCCAUAGCAACAACAUUCUCUAAACUCUGGUGCUUAAUAUAAUAUUCUAGUAUGGCUAAAAUCCUUCAAUAAUAAUAAUAAUAAUAAUAAUAAUAAUAAUAAUAAUAAUUUUAGCCUCACACCUCCAGCGUCCUGGGUUUGAGUCUCGCUCCUGCUCACUGUGUGUGUGGAGUUUGCAUGUUCUCCCCAUGCUUGGUGGGUUUCCUCUGGGUGCUCCAGUUUCCUCCCACAGUCCAAAGACAUGCUUCUAGGCUGAUUGGAGUCUCUAAAUUGCCCGUAGUGUGUGAUUGCAUGAGUGAAUGAGUGUGUGUGUGUGUGUGUGUGUGUGUGUGUGUGUGCCCUGCGAUGGGUCGGCACUCUGUCCAGGGUGUAUCCUGCCUUGAUGCCCGUUGACGCCUGAGAUAGGCACAGGCUUCCCGUGACCCGAGGAUAGAACGGAUAAGUGGAGGGCGGAGCCAGCCAUGGCUGCACAUUCCAAGGCGGAGCUUGCAGUUGAACUCCUCCUUCUCUGAAAUGACUGCUAUUUUGACUACUGCCAGAGAUUCGAGUGAAAUCAACGACUUCCCCUACCUCCUGGCCCUGGAACCCAAUGCCACAGGAGGAGAGAACAUUUGGACGGAUUUGACAGUAAUAGCUGCAGUCAGUGCACAGCUUUUUGACCGGGAAGGCAAUGAGGUUCAAGUCACAGAGCCGGUUCAUUUCUCCGUUCCACUGCCCACCGACUCCCGUGUCCGGUCUCCCACCAGCAUACCUGUGUGGGUGUAUAACAUGAACGCAGGCCUUUGGGUGAGAAACGGGACUGGUUACAUUAGAAGAGAUGGCUCUCAUUUUACAUGGGACUUUAUGGCCUCGCGGUUGGGAUACUGGAUAGCGGCCUUUCCCUCAUCAUCCGGGCCUGGUUUGUCUCAUCCAAGCCUGAGGGACAUCACAACAUACCAUACCCUUAUCUUGCUCUCCAUACUGGGAUCUCUGGCCUUGCUUGUACUGGUACUUCUCUGUGUUCUCCUUUACUACUGCAGACGGAGAUGCCUGAAGCCUCGGAGACAGCAAAAGCAGGGACAAGUCUCAGCUGCUCUGAGCAACUCCAGAAGAGACCAGGGCACCUCCACCUCUCGCCUAAACCUUAUCUGUGGUGGUCAUGUUGAAGCAACCUCCACCAAUGGUGACCCGGAGGCCAGCAAAUCUGAUGCCUCGACAUCCCACGAAUACAAGAGUGCACGUGACGAAUUUGCCAAGCACGUACCAGCACACAAACUCCGUCAUUCAUCCAAAAAUAAACAGUCCAAAGGAGCCCAGCGAGGUGCUGAAAGCUUCCCUAUGAAGGUACAUCGUUCCACAGAAACAAGUACCCAUGAAAGUACCCUUUCUCAUGAAGACUAUAGUCGCAACUACAGCCCAGAUGUCAAGGAUCACGAGUACCGUCGCAGACAUGUUGCUAAUGACAAUCGUGGAUACACGGCUGACCCACCUUCUCCACCUCUCUCGGACAAGCCACCAGAAUACUCACAGGUUUCCCAAAGUCAGGACCAUCUUGCUCGUCCAACAACAUUGAACACACAGCCUGGUCAGAUCAUAUUCUGCAGCUCUUUAGAUCAAAUGACAGAAAAUAUGUACCGCAGCAUGGUUCCAACCUUGGUCAUUCCAGCACAUUACAUGCGCCUGUCGUCUGAGUUUGGUGGUUCGGAUGGUGGAAAGGAUGGCCAGGGUCAGGCUGAGAGGGAAAGGGAAGGCCAAGGAGGGGCAGGUAAUGGUGGUAGCAGUGGAGUUCAGAGCCAAGGUCACCAGGUCCAGAUCCAGGGAUCAGGCCAGAUGCAAGGCCAGCAAGGAGUUGGUUCCCCAGAUGGUUCUGAGGAGAAUAUGUGGGCAUCUGGAGGUCCGUCAGCACCAGUCCACAUUCCAGUGCUCUUUAAUGAUUCCACUAUGGCUCAGAUGAAUGGAGAACUCCAGGCACUAACCGAAAAGAAACUUCGAGAACUAGGAGUCAAGCAGCACCCUCGUGCCUGGUUCAUAUCUCUUGAUGGGCGUGCCAAUGCUCAUGUGCGACACUCCUACAUUGAUGUUGCCUCAGAAUUUGCUCACAGUGGAGCUAACAGCAGUAACCAUAGUGCUCAAAGCACUCUGAGCGCCCCUGCUGGCACCAGUAAGGAUUGCAGCCCAGACACAAGUCUCCAAGAUACUCAACAGGAGCGCAAGCCAGCAUCAGGACGGAAGAGUAAAGAGGAAAGGCAUGGAAAUGGGCGGAAGGGGCAUGGAGGGAGCAGCAGUGGGGGGAAGCAUUAUUCGAAACUGCCUUAUAAUGAUCCUCUAGAUCUUGCCGGUGGAGUUGGCCGUAUGGGGGCGGGAUCACCUCUCGAAAAUCCACUGACUCCCCUACUUGAUGAUGGCCCGGAGGAACCACGAGGGUCACCAAUGCCAAGAAGGGGACGAAGCCGGGGUAACAGCUCGCGUAGCAGCAACAGUGAGACCCAACGGGAUUCUGUCACCAGCCCAGAGGAUGAUAACGACCCAGAUGACAAGGAUGAGAACAAGAAAAGUCCAUGGCAACGCAUUGAAGAACGACCACUCAUGGUGUUCCAUCCCAAGAAGUAAAACAGUAACAGAAAGAGACCAAGUCAAACCUUUUUACAUAUGAAGAACCUGUCCACCUGGGUCCUGGAACCUGUUUGACACUUCAGCACCAUCUAUAAAAAGGAGGUCUUAUCAAGGAAAAAGGUGAUGCCCUUGUUUAAUAAUGAGGAUUUUUUUUUAAAAUUGGUGAUUGUAAGCAAAUUUUUGAAUAUAUUGGGGCAAUUUAAUCCAUUUCCUGCAAGCUGAAUGAAACAAUGUUAGAAUCAUUUUGUAAUAAAUCAAAUACCACCCUUACAUCACCAAAAACUAUAUCUCUAGUUCUGAUGUGAAUAUGAGACUAGUAAAAAGAUGAGAUUCCGGGAACAGAAGAGCAGAUGAGGUGACACUGACAUAAAAUAUAUCCAACACCUCGAUGAUGCCUGACUGAAGUCCCUUACCUAAUAUGAAAUGGAGUUUUUACCAUAAGUCUAAAUAAAAAUAUUUCUUAAUGUACGUUAUAUACGUACGUUUACAAUCAACUACGGCACAAAUGAAGUCACAAAACUACAUACAGGACUGUUUUAAUUGCAUCUCAGCCAGAAUGGCUUGGUGAUGGGUGUGGAUUUUUGGAAUGGUGCCGUAAUGGAAAUGGCAUGUUUAUGACUGGUUUUGGGGCAAAAAAAAAAAAAAAAGAGGAGGAGGCCUUGUGCUGAAGAGUGAAAGAUUACUUUUACACAACUGGGUGGUUUCAUAUGUUCAUAUUUGAUGUUAUUCUUGUGUACAUCCUGUUUCAUAUUCCUGAUGUACAUUUUAUUGUACACACAUUUAUAUGUGUGUUACUUUAUUCAUGUAUUAUUAAUGUUUUUUUUUUUAAAUAUUGAUAACACCAAGAUGUCAAUAUGAACAGUGAUGAUAUUAGGAAAUACUGGUUUAUAAAUCCAAACAUUCCCAAUGACCAAUGCCUCCACAGUUGACAGGAUUUGUAUCAAUUCAUAGUUUAUUUCUUUAUUAGGUGAUUUUAUUAGACACAGUUGAAAGUUUUCAUUUGUUCGUUCCUGUUUUUUAAAGUAGUUAUCCAGUGGCGAUGUUUGUUUUUUCUUUUCAUGUCUGAAACAAAGUUUUGUACAGGAAAUGCUGUUUUUUUUUCUGUACACGUUUAUGUGCCAAUAUGAACUUUUCAGAUCAUACUAAUUGUAACUUUUUAAUCAUGGUUUACAAUAUUUACUAAGUUUACCAGAGUUUAUCAGAGAUCACAUUUGGGAGUGAUUUUUAGUGUUAAAAAACUCGCUUGAUAACGUCUCGACUGACAUAAAUCAGGUUUUUUUUUAAAAACAGUAUACACAAAAAGGUUUUGAGGGGGCUGUGAGCUACAUCAGUAUCAUGACCUUGCACUGUUGCUACGUUCACAAUCAAAGGAACUGCUGCUUUUUGCAGUUACACAACCAAACGUGAUAUUUUGACCAAUCACAAACUGAAAAAACAAAUUUGACUGUGAUCCAAAAACAUUUAAUCAGACAGCUGCUUUCUGAAUGGGGUGAAGACAUUUCAGUAAUUAUAUAAAGCGUGUUAAGUAAAAAGUAAGUUUACGAAAACACAGUUUUAGCGAAAUAAUCGACAAAUAAUUAAGGAUAGCAUUGGACUGUAUCCAAGUUGUUCUGAAUGAAUUUCCCCGGACAGCAUGUUCCUAAGUGUUUUAUUCCUCUUAUAAUAGCAAUAUUGCGAAAGUUUUACUUUUUAUCCUCUUUUAUGUACGUUGUUAAUGUUACAGGACGUCUGCGCAACAACUUAUUUCUGUUAAAAAAACAUUUUCUCUUAAUGUUAAUAAGACAAAAGUUACAGAGAAAUCGUGUCGUUUUGGUUCUAAAACUUCGUUACAAUUCACUGAAUUCAAUAACCACUUUUCAUGAAUGUUAAACAAACGUUUCCUCACAAAAAACUACUAUUAAUUUUGUAAUUAGGAAUCGAUUAUUUGGAGCAUCCACCACGUAAGGACCUCUAGAAUCAGCUGUUACUAUAGAAACAGUAAGACUUUCUGACCAAUCAGAAUUGAGAAUUCCAACAGAGGGAAUCCUGUGUAUAUAGUAGUUUUUAUAUGCAUGGGAUGUAGACUAGGAAGAUUUUUUAUGACUGAGGAUCAAAAUUGUUCCAGUGAAGUAUGGGAAUAUGGGAGUUAUGAAAUGUGUUGUGUUGAGUUUGCGAGAAAGCGAGUGAGGUGAAUGUUUAGCAUGUGCAGAAGCCAAAAUGGCGCCUUGUCGGAAGGCUAAAACAACAAACCCUGUGUUGAAAUAUUCGGUGCUAUUUGUUAUCCGCCAGUGCAUUUUACUUAACUGCAUGGCAAUUUUUACUGUCUUUUCUGUCUACUCUCUGUAAUCGCUCUUAACCGUGAAUGAAAUGCUGCUUUCUUGAUGAGAAUUCUAAACUUUCUCCAUUCAAAGUCACAUCCUUCAUUUUUCAAAAUAAUAUUUUUAAUCUUUUCAUUUUUGGAGACACAUUUUUUGGUUCAUUUUCAUAGGACAAAAAAAAACAACUUGUGGCCUAUUUUAAAUCAAAGCACAGCAGAAGCACAGGUCAACUAAGCACUACUGGUUUGGUUCGGCCAAAAAAUAAAUAAAUAAACAAAUAAAUUAAUUAAUUAAUGAAUAGCUCAAUUGAUUAGCUGAGACAUCUUUUUGUUUGGUUUUCAUCAGACUGUUAAUACAGCUUUUUUCCCCUCUGCAAUUGUUUUACUGCACUUGUACUACAGCACUUCGAAAAUGUAAAUUGUUUAGAAAUUUAUGAAUGGCACAAAUAGUUAUCUGAUUUAUUUAAAAAAAAAAAAUCUAGGCAAGUAAACCUGUUUAAAAUAUAAUUAAACAUAACUGGUAUUUCAUACAGUAAGAUUAUAAAUAAUAAAAAUGAAAAAGUUAGAUUUUUUCUAUUAGAAAUUAUAUUGGAAAUAAAAAAAUUUACUUAAAUUUAGCAAAAUUUGGAAAAAUGUAAAAAAUAAAAUUAGCAAAAUUAGGAAAAAUGUUUAGCAAUCAGGUUUCUAUUUGGUUAAUAAUAAUAAUAAUAAUAAUAAUAAUAAUAAUAAUAAUAAUAAUAAUAAUAAUAAUAGAUACAUUUGACUACAUUAUUUUAAAGAGUAACUCUAGUACAAAACUAAACAAGCGAACGUCAGACACCAAAAAACGUCUUGACUUUACUCAAAUUGUUUUUGCCGAACCAAAAUGACACCAGUUGCCUCAGAUUAUUGUACUGUAGAUCCCAGAAGUGUCAGUUCUGGCUCUAGUAACUGGAGCUCUUCUACCUGCUGUAACACUGACCUGUCGCUAUUGGUGCUUUAAUAAUAUACCGCUCGAUAUAUAUACGCACCAUGUAAAUACAGAUAUAUUUAAAAUAAAAUAAUCGGACUAUUUAACUAUUUAAACAUGUAAUAGAGCCAUAGAACUUUGUUUUUGUUUUUUUUUUAAAAACACUUAGAAACUUGUGCCUGUUUUUGCUUAAAUAUCUGAGACGAAAAGUUAGGACUUAGGAACUGUUAGUUAAGAACUAUUAAAUUACGGAACCGUUUAUUUUUUCAGAAUUUGUUUGGUUUGUUGCUUCACCUCGAUAACAGUGUUUCCGUUUCUGAGAUGCUUCCGGAAGGUAGAAAGCUUUUAAGAAGCUAAAAACGUAUUAACUUCCUUUGAGGAACCAUUUUUUUUCUAAAUAAGGUGUUGCAGAACCAUCACCAGAACCCAGAACAAAAGAUUUCUUUGAUUUGUCCCUUUAAGGAUCUGUUUAUUCCCACAAAGACUAUGUCUUUUUGUGAAUUUUACAGAAUCCAUUGUUUAUUUCCCAGACAGAUUUCUUUACCUCGUUCCUUAAAAGUUGAGGAAUUGUUUUCCAAGAGUGAUUUAUCCCCCAGAGAAUUUGAGGAUUUCUUAGGUUUAUCCCUUCAAGGUUCUGUCUAGAUUCUUACUAGAUAGUAGAACUAUUUUUAGAAAGCUAAGAACUUUAAGCAAUCCAACCAACCCCUUUGGAGAACCCUAGAGGUUUUAAGGAAUAUGUGUGAGGUUCUUACUAGAUAGUAGAAUUAUUUUAGAAAGCAAUGAACUUUUAGAAAUCCAGCCAAUCCCUUAAAGAACCCAUGAAGAACCCUAGAGGUGUUGAGGAAUAUGUAUGAGGUCUUUUUAAGAUGCUUUUCAGAAGAACCCUAAUGUUGGUUUGUUCUUUAAGAGUUUCCUUUGAGAAACCCCAAGAGUCCAGAAACUAAAAAGUUUCAAAAAUCUGUUUUGCUAUUUUUGUCUGUUUGUCUCAUUUCUCUGUUUUGUUCCAGAAGGUCAGAUAUUUUCUGUAGAAGCUGAAAAAUCUGUGUUAAUUCCAUGUGGAUUUCUAUACUUUGUCCCUUCAAGCUUGUUGCAGAAUUUUUUUCCGUACAAAAGCCCCCUUUUUUCUAUUCGUAUGGUUUUCACUUCCUGUUUUCCUGUUUUCACCUGAAUCUAAAUGUAUUUAUUGAGUAUUGUAUAGAGAGUAUUGUAAAGAGAAGAGUGUUUGCUCUCUGUGAGUAUGGAGUGUGUGUGUGAAUUAUCCUCUGUCUUAAAGGUGCUCCCUUUCAAACCGAAGCCAUUCUCCGUCGUUACUGCGAACCGUCCGUAAGCGUCCGUCUGGUUGUAGAUUCAUAAAGUGAAUAACGUGAUCACGAGUGCUCUGAGAAGACGUGUAAAUAUUUCUCUUGUUAAUCUGGGAUGGACGGACGUCCUGACUCGGCUCAGACUUUUCAUGUUUUCAGUCGUAGCUUUUCCGUGUGGCAUUUCAAUUCGAAACCUUUACUGAAUUGUAAGAAAAAGCAUUGAUUUGAUUGUACAUUCUCCCAAGACAACAUGAUAAUAAACUUGUUUACAUAUUGAUUUCA